AUGGCGGCCGUGCAGCGCGACUUGCGGCGCGUUCGACGCGGGAACAGGCGGCUGCAGAGCGGAGACGAUGACGAGGAAGUCGUGUUUGGACUCGUCGGCAACGCGGACCCGCAGAUAGCAGGGCUGUACUUCGCGUCGGUGGCGCUGGGCUCGCCGCCGCAGUUGUUCAACGUGCAGGUGGACACGGGCAGCGACCUGCUCUGGGUUGCGUGCCAGCCGUGCCUCAAAUGCGCCACGCGCUCGCAAGUCGCGACGUUGAACCCACCGUUCAACGCGUCGCAAUCUUCCUCCAAUCACCUCCUCCCGUGCGCGACGCGAGAGUGUCCGCGCUACCACCUCUCCGACAACGUCCUGCGCGGCUGCCCGUCGCCGGCCGUCGCGACGGCGGCCGCCGUGCCGGCCGCCACGUGUCUGUACAUGCUGCGCUACGCGGACGGCAGCGCGUCCGUGGGCGUGCUCAUGCGCGACGUGCUGCACCUGCCGUGGACCCCCAGCGAGCGACCCGUGGGACCCGGGGGGGGUGGGACUGGAGAAAGUGGGCCCGAGGGGAAUGGGAGAAGCGGGGACCUGCCGUCGACCGCCAGUGAGCCCUUGGGAGGGGGAGCAGGUGGAGUGGCUGGGGUGGCGAGGACGAGUGGUAACCCGGUGCCUGGCGAGAGUAGCGAGAGUGGUAACCCCGGCGAGCUCAACAUCGUGGAGCCGCGGAGGAUUGGCCAGGAAGUGGCGGCUCAACGCGCAGCCUCGGCGAGCGAAAGCGGCGGGGCUGCAAAUAACGGGGAUGAAACGCAGGGAAGCAGCGGGGUUGCUAAUAGCGGGGAUGAAACUCAGGGAAGCAGCGCGAACGCGUCAGCGAGCGGCACCAAGUACCGGCCGGUCGUGACGUUCGGUUGCGGGUUCAACCAGUCCGGCAAUCUUUUAGACGGCCCGCUGACGGUCGACGGCGUGAUGGGCCUGGGCCGCGGCGCGUCGUCCCUGCUUGCGCAGCUCGGCGCGCAGCACGCGCUGCCGCACGCGUUCGCGCACUGCCUGGGCGGGCCGGAGGGCGGCGGCGCGCUGUUCCUCGGGCGCGUGUCGUCCGCGGGCGCGCUGAGCGGCGUGCGGGGCGUGUGGCAGCAGACGGCGCUGUGGGACAAACCCGACAGGUAUGCCCCUCGCUCUGAGGGCCGGGCGGGGCGUGCGGGGGGUGGGGGCGUGGAGGGGGGGUGGGGGGCGUGGGGGCCGUGGGGGGCGUGGAGGGGGGGUGGGGGGUGUGCGGGGCGUGUGGCAGCAGACGGCGCUGUGGGACAAACCCGACAGGGCAUGAUCGGCCUGGCGGGCAUCGCCGUUGCUGGUGUGCCCAUCGCCCUCGCAACCCGCCAUCCUUUGAGGCACCUCGAUAACUGUCCCGCCCUUGUUUCUCCGUUACUCCGUCCUUCCACCCUGCAAAACAACGUUUCUGCCCCCGGCCUCCCCUCUCCUUCUCUGCCCCCCAACGCGCAAUACAGCACGCAGUAUUUGAUCGGCCUGGCAGGCAUCGCCAUCGCCAUCGCCAUUGCUGGUGUCCCCCUUGCGUCGCAUCCUGUCCCACUCUAUCCCUCGGAACCGAACUUUGUGUGUGCCCGCAUCACCCUCUCUCCCCCCAUCGCGCAAUGCAGCACGCAGUAUAUGAUCGGCCUGGCAGGCAUCGCCAUCGCCGGUGUGCCCAUUGCGUGGCAACCCGCCGUCGCCGCUGCCGUCCCUUCUGCUGCCGCUGCUGCCAGGGAUGCUGAAGCCGCUGCUGCUGCUGCUGCUGCUCAAACCACCUCCUCGCUUGCUGCGCCAGCGGGCAACGUCACAGUCGCUCACAUACCUGCCCGACCCGCUCUACCAGACGCUCACUGCUGCUGUGAGCGCCGCACCUUUAAACCUGCUAUUUCACUUGACUCAACAGCAUUCCUCCUCCCAUACCGCAUCCCCUCCCAUGCCGCAUCCCCUCCCAUGCUGCAUCCCCUCCCAUACCGCACCCCCUCCCAUGCCGCACCCCCUCCCAUGCCGCACCCCCUCCCAUGCCGCACCCCCUCCCAUGCCGCACCCCCUCCUAUGUCGCAACCCCUCUCCCAUACUGCACCCUCCCUCCUUUGUGCCCAAUGCGUGCUGUCUCACAUGCCUUUAGUGCAAGCCAUUGACUUGCCGCUGCUUGCCUUCGCGCAGACAGAGGGCCACUUCUGCUACAACCUGGGGGACGGCAGGCUCCCCUGGCCCCGCGCGCGCUAUCUCUUCCCGGACCUGACUCUCACGUUCGGCACCGGGGCUCGCAUGGUGCUGCCGCCCGAAAACUACAUCCUGCUCCUCGCCACCACUGCUGGCUUCGAGGUGCCGUGCAUUGCGUGGCAGAGCGCCGGUCCCGACUACUCCCUUGCUGUGCUGGGCGACCUAGCGCUGCGCAAUCUGCUGGUGGAGUUUGACGUGGAGGCCAACACCGUGCGCUGGCUGCCCUCCCAAUAUCCCACCCCUCCGUUGCCCAUCCACUCCUCUGGACCCAUCCAUCUCAUGCAUCCACCUUCCCCCUCCUACAUCGCCCGCUGUACUGCAGGCUCCCAGAUCCUACACUCAGCAGCGCAGACCACAGACCCCAUAGAUGCUGCUGCUGCUGCAGCAGACACAGCAGCAGCUGCUGCAGAAGCCUUUCCGGAGAGCUCUGAUUGGCUCGCCUCUCUCAUCCCGGGCCUGGCUGGAAGCGCCAACAGAGCCAACCCGAACCAAGGAGGCCCGUUACCGGACCUGAAUGCCCCAGGCGCCAAUCUUGCCUCACAAAACCCAGCACAAAGUGGGGGCUCGAAUGGCGUAAACCCCUCUUUGAAUCCUGCCGCAAACGGUUUGUCUGGUAAUGAUCCAAAUGGCAAUGGCGGCCUGCUGAACUUGAUGGAUGGUGGGUCCGGUGCGGGUGGCAGGGCGCCGCUUGUGCUUCCAUACAGUGCUGCCUCGUCAUCUAUGGGUCGUAUAGGGGUCCACAUGGCGGUGAGGUUCCGACCUCGUCUGUGGCGCAGACGCGGUAGCGGCGAAAGAGCAUCCGGAGACUCGUCCACGGAUGCUCUCGCGCCGGCGGAAGCCAGACUAAUAGGCGGCGAAACAGACACGAAGCUUCGCGACGAGAAGUCCGCGGCGAGGGCGCGGUCGCUGCGCCUGUGGGGACUGGUGCUGCUCGCGGGAGUCACCAUCGGCGCGCUCUCAUGGCUGCUCGCCACCGCCAUCGUCGAAUUCUUCGAAGUCCUCUACGCUCUCAACGACACGCUCCUAGGCGCGCACGCCACGGCGCGCGUUCCCUUCUCCCGCGUGUUCGUCGCGUCGCUCCUCAUGGCGCUCGUCCAAGCCGCGCUCGUCGGCCUGGCGGCCGUUCUAACGGUCAACGUCGCGCCGCUCGCGAACGGCUCGGGCGUCCCCGAGAUAAAGGGAUUCCUUAACGGAAACAGCAUUCCGGGGUUCUUUGAGCUGCGUACAACGGUCGUCAAGUUCCUGGGGCUGCUGCUCGUCGUGGCGGCGGGCAUGCCCGUCGGCCGCGAGGGGCCCAUGGCGCACAUCGGCGCGGGGAUCGCCGUUGCGCUCGUGCACCUCCCGCUCAUCGGCCUGCACGCGCACGCGAGCGCGCAUGGGAAGAAGCGCGCAGAUAAGCCGCGGAGGGAAACAGGCCGCGUGCGCGGGGGAAAGCCCAGCGCGAGCAGCGGCAGCGGGGGGCAUCACGGCGGCGCGGCGGUGGCGUGGAUGGACCGCGACGAGCAGCGCGCGUUCGUGACGUACGGCGGCGCGGCGGGCGUGGCGGCGGCAUUCAAAGCACCAAUCGGCGGAGUGCUGUUCAUGUUCGAAGAGGUCUCCUCUUUCUGGUCCACCGAAGCCACCUUCAAAUCGUUCGUCUCCGCCACUAUAAGCACACUCGUUAUAGUCCUCCUCGUCGAGGCCAUGGCCGGUAUAGUCACAUACGAAGCCUUCCUUUUAUUCGUCCUAAACCCAGUUACCAUAUCCUGGACGGCCAAGGACGUAGGACCAUUCCUCGUGCUAGGCGUUGUAGGAGGGCUGCUCAGUCGCCUUUACACUGUACUGUCGCUCAAGGUGCUGAGAGCGAGACGGACGGAGACGUGGAGGCGGCGCAAAGCUGUGAAGAUCAUAGAUGCGGCUGUGAGUGCGCUGGUGGUGUCACUGCUGUUCCACCUCCUCCCAGCCAUGUCGCCCUGCAUCUCCCUCCCUCCUCCCACCGCCUCCGCUCCUGCUGCUCCCCCUGCGUCUCACUCCAGUGCCACGUCCACUGCACACGUUGGAGCAACGGAGGGGCACGGAGAGGGAGCGGCGGGGCACAUGGUGUUGGUGCAGUACGACUGCCCUGCCGGCCAUUACAACGAGCUCGCCACACUGCUGCUGCGCGGGGAGGAGGGCGCAGUGAAGCACCUCAUGGGCGACACGGCCAGCACCACCGCCACCGGGGAGGCCGUCACCGCACGGGUCUUCCCUGCAGGCGUGGUGGGCGUGUUCCUCAUCGCCUACUCGCUUCUAGCGGCGUCCAUUUCAGGCCUGGCGGUGCCCAGCGGGCAGUUCAUCCCCCAGCUGCUCUACGGGGCGGCACUGGGGCGGCUGUUUGGCAUGGGGUUGCAUGCUGCGCUGCCGGAGCAGUUUGCGCAGCCCAGCAUCUAUGCGCACGUGGGGUCUGCUGCGUGCCUGGCGGGGUAUACACACCUCACCAUCUCCCUCGCUGUGAUGCUAAUGGAAGCAUCAGGAGACAUCAGCCUUCUGCUUCCCAUCCUCUGUGGGUACGUGCACCCAUCCAUCACUACCCAUGACCGCUAUCCACACUGUGGCACGUUGCAUGGCGCAUUCACGUUGUAUGCCACAAAAUCGCCCCUCCAGACAACCCGACCAUACACGUAA